AUGGAGCAGCAGCUGAAUGAGCUCCAGCUCUCGGACGAGCAGCGAAACGUAAUCAACGCCCUUAUCAAGGAGCAGGUCAAGAUCAAAGUAGAAGAAGCAGCAGCAGCAGAGCGCCCCGCAGCACAGAGCGAGGGCAUGCCUUCCGAAGGAGGCAUCACAAUCCCUGCAUUCUCCGGGAAGUUUAGCCCCGAGGACGAUGUACAGACGGCGGUAAUGGUUUUCACCAGUCAAUUUCGAUCUUUGUUGAAGCAGGAGCGUUGCCUUGGGGCAAUAGAAUCGAAGAACACGAUUCGUGUAGGGAAGACGGAUGCGAAUAUCUCGGCAUUGAAGGUGGAGCAUGGGACGGAAGCUGUAGAUCGGGCGGUUAAGGCUUGGCAGCUAAUUAUAUCCAACAUGCAAGUACCGACAAUAUUCCCUGCAAUCCUAGCGAGUGGUUGCCCAACUGAAUCGUGGGAUCAAUUUCUCAACUUUUACCGAGUGCACGCAGAAACGGAAAAGUUGGAGCUGCAGGGGCAGAGGUACUCGUUGAAGCAGCAAGUAGGGGAGGAGCCCCUGCGCUAUCUCACAAGAGCAUCAGUACUUCGCCAGAACCUAGAAGCGUACGGUUGGGUGCAAUCCGAUCAUGAUGCUAACUUCCACUAUGUACGCAACCUUCUGCCCGAUUUCAAUGUGCAGAGGAGCGUGUUGUUGGCGCAUUCGGAGAUCACGACGAAAUUGGUAGAGAAGGUGAUUAUGACUUCCUGGGCGGAGACGGAGGCCGCUAGGAAGAGGGCGUCGGAGAGCGUGGGGGCGUAUGCCCUCGUCACUGGCGGUGAUAACCGUGGUGGCGGGGGCGGGAACAUGGGGGAUAGGGGGAAGACGAGAGGACAACGGAGGACGGCAGCGCGGCAACAGCAGCAACAACCGCAGCAGCCACAGCAGCAGCAUCAGCCGUACUUCAAGCAGCAGCAACAGCCGGCAGGAGGAAGAUUCGGGGGGCGUGUCGCCGCGUCUAGUGGGAGGGGCAGGGUCCCUUUCCACCAGGGACCGCCGGGAAGCAACCUCCCCGCCUACCCUGUACCUCAGCGGGGCUACGACUACAGCGCCUACNCAGAGCAGGGAGAUUACGAGUGGGCUGUGUACCUAUUGGAACAAAGAGAGAUUUUCGCGGUGGAAAAGCUGUACGGGAUGGGGCGCAAGUCGGACACCCUCGCCUUCAUCAAGAAGUUCCUCGCCGACAUGAGUCGCACCGGUGUCCCUCGUUCUUUCCGGAUGGACAACGGGGGGGAUUUCGUCAGCCGCGGCUUCAUCGCCUUCUGCGACGCCGGCAUCCGCCGUACGUACACGGCGCCGGGCACCCCGCAGCAACGGCGACAACCAUCACGAGUCGGUGGUCAAGGUCCUCAAGGAUGCGACGGGGCGCGUGUGCAUGACGAACAACGUCGUAUGGGUCUCCGACCGCGCGCCGUUGCUGACCCCGCCGCUGGAGAUGCCGGCGCCGGCCGGCGAGGGGGGGGGGAUUCGGAUGUCGCCGCCGCACGGUUUCGAAUUGAGUACAUUUCACCGCCUCUGUUACCCCCCUCACCGUUCGCCCGAUAUCCCACUUUACCCACUGCCAUAUCCUCACAGGCACCGCCGGCAACUUCCACACCACCAUCGCCGGCGGCGCCGUCUACCGCAGCCACACCAUCUCCAACGGUCACCGCGCCGCCUGCAACACCACAUGUAACGCCACAGUUCAGCACCACCGCGCCGCCUGCAACGCCGUUUGCCGUCGUGCCACCGACUCCCGCCGUCGCGCCGCCCGGUGCCGCGCCAUCGACCAACAUGCCGCCGCUCACUGCGAGGACCAUCCGUGAACUGGACGUGGGGCCCGGGGGCAUGAGGGUUUCUGGGCGCACGAGGGCAGCCGCUAAGGACCAAGGGGGGGGGCGGGCGUCGUCAAUGCCGCCCCUCUCUGCCAGGGCCAAUCGAGAGCUGGACUUGGGACGAGAGACGCGGGUGCCAGGGAGAUUGAGGGGUCGGGGGGUGCGUUUCCAGAAUGGGGAGGCCGAACGGUCGACGUCACCUGGCGGGAGCGGCGACGCUCCCGCCCACCACUUCGGGCUUGUAUCGCUGCAGGACAAGGCAACGCUCCUGUCGACUCUCACCACUCGCAGCGUCGUCGAUAGGGGGAGAAAGGAGAUUCCGAGUUCAGGCGGAGGACGGAGGCAGCAACCACAGAGUGUCAUCAAGGCCAAGUGGGUGUUUAACUGGAAGUCUGAUGAGUAUGGAUGGCCGACUAGUGCGGAUACGUGUGUGUUUCGGUUGAUCGAGGAGGGAAGAGUGGCAGUGACUCUGGUAGUACAUGUGGAUGACAUAUUUUCGAUUGGAGAGGAGGAGAGGUGUGACCAAUUUGGUAGGGAACUCAACACCAUGGUACGGNUCGAGGAGGGAAGAGUGGCAGUGACUCUGGUAGUACAUGUGGAUGACAUAUUUUCGAUUGGAGAGGAGGAGAGGUGUGACCAAUUUGGUAGGGACCUCAACACCAUGGUACCUGUGAAUAAUCUUGGUGACUUGAGGUGGUACUCUGGAUGUUUUUAUGAGAGGGAUUGGGAUGCAGGGACUUUGAAGAUCUCGCAGCAGACGUACGCUGAAGAGUUGGGGAUGGAGUUUGGGGUAGAAUACGGGAAGGAAAUUCCUCUUCCUGUAGGGUUGGUGCUUUCAGAGUUUGACCAGGAUGAGGAAGUGGUAUCAUGGCCGUUUCGCGAGCUGAUAGGAUCACUGGUGUGGCUGGCAACACAAACGAGGCCAGAUAUCGCGAAUGCAUUAAGAGCGGUAGCACGGUACUGUGCUUCUCCCAAAGAAAUUCAUUGGAGAGCAGGUCUUGGUAUUUUGGGGUAUGUAGUAAGGACUAGUGACUUGGGAAUUACGUUCGGGAGGGGUAGUGUAGCAAUGUUGAGCAUGGAGGUGUUCGGAGACGCAGACUAUGCAAGCAAGGCUGCCGAUAGGAGGUCUGUGUCAGGGGGAUUGGUGAUGUGUGGGGGGGGAUGUAUUUCUUGGUUUUCAAGGACGCAGAAGUGCGUUACGUUGAGCACGACGGAGGCGGAGUAUGUCUCCGUUGCGGAUGUGAUGAAGGAACUGUUGUUUCUGAGGAAGGUAUGGCGUUUCAUGUUGCCAGAAGCAGGUAUGCCGUGUAUUCCGGUGUUCGAGGAUAACCAGAGGGCUCUUCAGUUGGCGCAGAACCCGAUUAGCAACAGUAACUCGAAGCACAUCGACGUAAGGCACCACUCUAUCAGGGAACUGGUAGGCAGGGAGGAGAUUUCGAUUUUUCACGUGGAAUCAGCGUAUCAACAUGCUGACUUCCUCACGAAGGCACUUCACGUCGGAGAUUUUGAAUUUCAUCGUAAUUUCGUGAUGAAUGUGGGACAGGAACGGUAGAGUUGGAUUUAUUUGUGUUUGAUCAAAGAACUAGGGUGGCAUUGAUUUACAUUUUUGCCAAUGGUCUUCUCAAUGAAUGGUGCUCUAGGAUGGGGGGCAAUUGGAUCGCUAUGAUUAUCGAAGAACUACAACUGGAAUGAUCGGGGAUGGAAAUAUAUUUCUAGCCCAGAAGGCUAUGUUGCAGAUAUGAGUUGUGAUUUGUAUUAUUUUUUGUGUUUUGGAGUUACUGAACGAUCAUGAAGACAUGGCAUAGUCACAAGCAGGGGGGCUGAUAGA